CAGGAGGGAUGGAGGGGACGUGGGGACCAGCCAAGCCGCAGGGAUGAGCACCCUGCUCCCUGCCUGGCAGUGUUCAAGGAGCAUCUGGGCAACACUCUUGGUCAUAUGGUUUAGUUUUAGGUAAUCCUGUGAGGCACAGAGUUGGGCUCAAUCCUUAUGGCUCCCUUCCAACUUCAGUCCAUUCUAGGGAACCUAGGGACCAACCAGGAGAGCAGGAUGGAGAAGAUUUGGGGACCAGACAGGAGGGAUGGAGGGGAAUUAGGGACCCGCUGGGAUGGACAGAGGGGAUGUGUGAACUGGCCAUGUCCUGGGGAUGAGUUCCCUGCAUGGGCCAUCCCUUGCCACAGGCUGAGCGUGUGUCCCAUGGCCGCAGCCCCUCUGCUCCCCCUCCCUGCUCAGUCUCUCCGCAGCCAUGAAGGUGAAGGUUUGCAUUGGCCUCAUCCUCACCAUCGCAGCCACCGCCUGCCUGUGCCGGCCCGCAGCAGAGGCACCAGGCGCUGCGGGGGAUCCCCCCCGGCCCCCUGGCACCCUGGUCCGGCGGGACUGGCCUGAGCCCUUGUCCCAGGAGCAGAAACACCUCAUCUCCAGGUUCCUGCCCCACAUCUUCACAGAGCUGAGUGACCACAAGGGCUACGAGGGGAUGGAGGCCCUGCAUGACCUGUACUACCCCGACUGGAUGGACUUUGGCCGCCGCAGUGCUGAGGACUCAGUCGAUGCUGUGUAGCGGCCGCACUGUGCAGAGCACCAGCACACUCAGUGCAUGUAUCUUCCUGCAAUAAAGCCUUGGCACUACGGGUGCUGCUGGUCAUGUCUUUGCUGGGAGGAGCUGGGGGGUAGCUGGUGGGAUUCACCCCCAACCUCAGCAGG